AUGGCAUCUCAUAGAGCAGAUGCAAGCGCUUUCCUCGACAAUCGAGGCUACACAGGCCCCCUCGUCCGCGGCGUUAAUCCGGUUACCCUGUUCGAAAAAGCUGUUCGCGAUCGUAUCACGGAUUCGUACUACUGGAAAGAGCAAUGCUUCGGUCUCAACGCUGCCACACUAUGCGAUCGUGCAAUCGAAUUGACUUCGAUCGGUGGAACGUAUGGACUAUCACAAAAACCAACACCGUUCCUAUGUCUGGCCUUCAAAAUGCUUCAACUAGCACCCGAUAAAGACAUCGUUCUCGAAUACUUGAAUUUCACCGAUCCGGGAAGCGGCGAUGAGGAGAACCCAGAAGAUAGAGAAAUCGAUGGAGAAGUGGUCAAAGGCAGAGGCGACUUUAAAUAUCUACGAGCUCUUGCCGCAUUUUAUAUUCGUCUUACCUUCGAAGCUGCUGAGAUCUACAAAUACUUGGAGCCACUACUGCUGGAUUACAGGAAGCUGAAGAGAAGGAUGCGCGAAAACUACGUUCUUACCAAUGUGGACCAGUUUAUUGAUGAUCUACUUACGAAAGACCGAGUGUGCGCGACGAGUUUAUGGAAACUACCUUCUCGACAGAUGUUGGAAGACCUGGACUUAUUGGAAGAAAGAGUGAGUCCAUUGGCCGAUGAAUUGGAAGAACUGGACCGAGAGAGCGAAGCGAGUUACCAUAGCCGACAGGAUGAUGACAGCGAUCGCGGUUCGGAUGUCAUGCGAGAGGCAUGA